ACGUCAGAUCUUAUCCUGUUGAUCUCGAUUUUCCAACAAUGUCUGUGUUUUGCCUCAAUCAUCUUAUCCUCUCUACCUCCAUGAUUAUUUCUUCUUCAUGCUCUUCUUCAUCAACACACGAAGAUGAGAGACCAAGAUGAUCAGACUCGUGUUCUCAACCAGCUCGGUUCUAUGAUCAUCAACAUCCUCAGUUCACCUCCUCUACCUAUCCCAUUCCCAUCCGCCUUCAUCCGCUCCACCGUUGCUUCCUCGUCGACAUCCACCUCGCCACAUCCAUCACAACUGUCUCCCACUGCUUUCGCUGCAAUAUUUAUUGGGAUUUCCUUCGUGUUGAUGCUGUUUGGAUCCGCGAUUUUCGUGAUCGGAUUCAUGUUGAUGCCUUGCGUGAUUGCUUUGGUAAUGUUGUUCUACUUGGCCGGGAUCGUUUCUAAUUUGUGCUACUUGGCUGGAGUCAUUCUCUGUCCGUCCACCAGGAUUGUUUCAGGUUCGUCAUCAAAGGAGCAAUUGAAUACCUGAUGACUGUCCUACUUAAAAGUGUUGGUUCGUGUAGUUUGCAUAUCAGGAAAUAUUGUGUCACCAAUUUCUUUAUGCAUCUCGGACAUUGUAGAUCUUAAUAAUUAAGGUGAAGAAUGUCAAACUGGUUAAUUGUUUCUUCAUGCUUGCCAAUUUUGAGCAUAAUUGCUGUAUGAAUCUCAGCUAUUGUAGCCUUAAGAAUUUAGGUAAUGAAUUUCAAACCGGUUAUCUUGAUGCUUGCCAAUUUUUAGCAUAAGUAUCGAGUUUGGUGCAUAAUAGCAUCUAAUCAUGAUGAAGCACAUUAUGUAGCAUCAUCUCUCAGUCUCCAUUAGGGGUUUUUCAACCAUCAAACCUUCCUAACAUAAGUGACUAAUGUGUUCACUUGUGUGGAGCGAUUGCUGUAAUUGGUCUUGGUUUUGGGUUCAUAUUACCAGGCCUAUUUUAGGCCAAGCUAAACACAGGAUAUUAACACAUGUUUUA